AUUGACAUUAAUUUGACAGACACAUGCAAUACGAUAUCACUCAGUUUCAUGAUUUUUUGCCAAAUAUUUGUGUAUUUCAAUUUAUAAUUGACUAUACUGUUGUUUCUACUUUGAUUGAAUUAGUACUUUGUAGAAAAUACGUGCCUCGUCAUUAGUUAGUGGCAUUUAAGAAAGCUACUAUGAAACUACUCACAAGAUGUAAUUUUAUGAAACAUGUCGCACUUUUGUACCGGCCGAAUAUAAUAAGGAAUUACGAUGUUUCAGUUAGAGAUUAUGUUACUAUUCUGUCCUUUAGACGGCGGAGGUUGAGGUGCCCUGUGCAUCUAUCAUCAAUAUCAUGUUUCUAUUCAUCUGACGAUAAGAAACAUUUCCUAACCUUUGAGAAGAAAGCUGACGCUCUAAAAGAUGCAUUUGAGCACAAAAAAGAACAACUCAAGGACACAGAACACCGCCUUAGACAGAGAAGUGAAGAGAUUGUCAGGGAUAUUAAACAUCAGAAAGAAAUAACUGGUCAGAAAUUGAGAGAUAAAAAGGACUAUAUCAUUAAGGAUAUACUUGAAACUAAAGCUAAAGUAAAAGAAAGAAUUGAGGAAGUUGUAGAGAAAGAAAAGGUAUUUACAAUACCCAACAUAUUAUGUUUUACAAGAAUAGCUAUGUCUCCAUAUUUGGGAUACACAAUAUUUCAAGAGAACUAUAACAUGGCAUUAGGAUUGUUGGUGUUUGCUGGUGUCACAGAUCUGCUUGAUGGCUGGAUUGCAAGAAAUUGGAAAGGCCAGUCAACGAAAAUGGGGUCUUUUCUGGACCCCAUGGCAGACAAAGUAUUGAUAGCAACUCUCUUCAUAUCACUCACUUAUCAAAACUUUAUUCCAUUGUCAUUAACUCUGCUCAUUGUUGGACGAGACUUAGCAUUGGUUGUAGCUGGAUUUGUAAUCAGAUACAUGAGCUUGCCACCACCGCGAACACUAAGCAGAUAUUUCGAUGUGACACAUGCAACAGCACAGCUUGCCCCUACAUUCAUCAGUAAAGUGAACACCGCUGUACAACUUUUACUGGUGGGUACAACUCUUGCAUCGCCUGUGUUCGGUUACGUAGACCACCCGGCGCUGCACGCACUGUGCGGCAUCACCGCUGCCUCCACUAUAGUCUCCGCUGUCAGUUAUUUAGUUAGUAAGGACACAUACAGAAUUUUGAAGAAAAAGUCCUGAAAAUACUCUAUCCAGACAUCUGAAAUCAUUUUUGUAUUUGUAUAGUCUUCCAAAAAUUUUAGUUUUGUAGUUAAGUGUUAACUAAUUAAUAAAUUCCGAAAACUGUAAAUAAAUAUUAUUAUAUAAAAGGUGUUUGUUUUCCUUAAAUAGUACUCUAUGAAUGAUAAUGUGUGGAAAUAAAUAGAAACCAUGUACAAAAAGAAAUUUAUUAUUUCAUUCUAUUCAUAUGAAUAAACUGCAGUUAAUUUUAUGCGAAAUAAUCAAAGUUAUAAAAAAAUAUGUAGUAAAUAUUAACUAAAUUAUGCUUAUUCUAGACGAAACAUAAUUGUAAUAUAAUUUUCAGGCU